AUGGGUCUUGCUGCACCCCGAAAGAAAUCCAAGAUCUCACACGAUCCUAACAAUACAAAUUGGUCGCGCUCAACAACUGGCUUCGGGCACAAGAUUCUCAGUUCUCAGGGAUGGACCCCGGGUAGCUUUCUGGGUGCACGAAAUGCUGCACAUGCUGAGUUAUUCACCACAGCAAGCGCGUCUCAUAUCCGCGUUACUAUCAAAGAUGAUACACUUGGCCUUGGUGCGCGACCGAGGCGGGACGUACUAGAUGAAUCCACUGGUCUUGAUGCGUUUAGAGGCUUGCUGGGACGCUUAAAUGGCAAGUCAGAUGCAGAACUGGGGAUCGAGGAGAAGAGGCGUGAGAAUGCAAAGUUGGCUCGAUAUGCGGCCAGCAGAUGGCAGUCAGUUAACUUCAUUAGUGGUGGAUAUCUGGUUCAGGAAAAGGCCGAUGCCCGUGAAUUUGAAGAGCCAGCUCAAAUCCAGCCAGACACUGAGAAGCGCAGGACUAACAAGAGUGCUACUGAUGGCCGGAAAGGACCUGAAAGUCCCAAUUUUGUGGACCUCAAGGCAUCUCCUAUCAGUACUCAAGGUCAGGAUAAUGGCAGUUGUGGAAGACAACUCUCAGACAACCAGGCCUCCUGUAAGAAAAAGUCCAAGAAACGGAAGAACAAAGAAAGACAAGAAGAUAGCGGUUUCGAACACACAAAGACAGAGACGUUGGAUCGAAAAGACGAGUCCAAUCGUGACUCACCUACAGAAAUGCCUGCAUCGACACUAAAGUCUCUGCCAUCAAGGGAGCGCCGUCCGAUGGGCAGGCAUGUUUUCAGAAGCCGUCACAUUGCACAGAAGAAGAGAGCUCUUCUCGAUGAGAAAUCUCUGAAUGAGGUAAGAUUGUUGCCUCAUCACAUGGUCACUUAUGCUUACUGGUUUAAUCUCAGAUAUUUAUGGUCAAGUCAUAAUCUGAAUGACCCUGUCUCCUCUUGA